AUUGCGCGUGCGCGCUUCACUUUCUCCGUGUGCUACCUCUGAACAUUUCCCCAAGUGCACGUGGAGCAAGCCUUGGCUGGAGGCACUGGGUCUGCCGGAACCAGGUCUAGGCAAGCGGAGCCUUCAGUUAUCAUGGGGCGUAAGUUGGAUCCUACGAAGAAGGAGAAACGUGGACCCGGCCGAAAGGCCCGAAAACAGAAGGGUGCAGAGACAGAACUGGUCAGAUUUUUGCCUGCAGCUGGCGAUGAAAGUUUCAAGAGGCUGUCAAGUCGUGCUCGGAAGAGGGCAGCCAAGAGGAGGGCAGGGUCUGUUGAAGCCCCUAAGCCAAAUAAGUCUCCUGGGAUCAAAACAUUGCCUGGGGAGUUAUCCAAAGGGGCGGUCCAGGCUCGAGGUAAGAAGCGCCCGGCACCAAUUCAAAACAGUGAUGGGGACGAGGAGGAAGACUCUGAGGAAGAUGACGUGGUGACCCAGGGGGACCUUUGGGGCCCUGAUGACAGUAGUGAGGAUAUGGUGGAUGACUACGGAGCCGACUCAGAGGCUGAGGAGGAAAAGUUGUUGCCUAUUGAAAGAGCUGCUCUGAAGCAGAAGGCCCGGGACACCGCAGCUGGGGCCCAGUGGAGUGAAGAGGACACUGAUGAAGAUGAUGGUGUUGCCCCUGAGUCCCACCCCAGAAAGGAUGACAAAGCAGAGGGAGAUUUGCAGAUUAAUGUGGAAGAUGAGGAAGCCUUCGUGCUGCCCCCUGCUGGAGAGACGGACCAGGAUGCCCAGGCUCCAGACCUGCAGCGAGUUCACAAGCGGAUCCAGGAUAUAGUUGGAGUGCUUCGGGACUUUGGGGCCCAGCGAGAAGAGGGCCGGUCUCGAACCGAGUAUCUGAAUCGCCUUCAGAAGGAUCUGGCCACUUACUAUUCUUACGGGGACUUCCUGUUGAGCAAGCUCAUGGAGCUGUUCCCCCUGUCUGAGUUGAUAGAGUUCUUAGAAGCUAAUGAGGUGCCCCGGCCAGUCACCCUGCGGACCAAUACCUUGAAAACUCGUCGCCGAGACCUCGCUCAGGCUCUGAUCAAUCGUGGGGUUAAUCUGGAUCCUUUGGGAAAGUGGUCAAAGUCUGGACUGGUGGUAUAUGACUCUUCAGUGCCUAUUGGCGCUACUCCCGAGUACCUCGCUGGACACUAUAUGCUGCAGGGAGCCUCGAGCAUGCUGCCUGUCAUGGCCCUGGCGCCUCAGGAGCACGAGCGGGUCCUAGACAUGUGCUGUGCUCCUGGAGGGAAGACCAGCUACAUAGCUCAGCUGAUGAAGAACACGGGUGUGAUCCUUGCCAAUGACGCCAAUGCCGAGCGCCUCAAGAGCGUCGUGGGCAACCUGCACCGGUUGGGAGUCACCAACACCAUCAUCAGCCACUAUGACGGACGCCAGUUCCCCAAGGUGGUGGGGGGCUUUGACCGAGUGCUGCUGGACGCUCCUUGUAGUGGAACAGGUGUCAUCUCCAAAGACCCUGGUGUGAAGACGAACAAGGAUGAGAAGGACAUCCAGCGCUGUGCUCACCUUCAGAAGGAGCUCCUGCUCAGCGCCAUUGACUCCGUCAACGCUGCGUCCAAGACUGGAGGCUACCUGGUCUACUGCACCUGCUCCGUCACGGUGGAAGAGAACGAGUGGGUGGUAGACUACGCCUUGAGGAAGAGGAACGUGCGCCUGGUGCCCACCGGCCUGGACUUCGGCCAGGAGGGCUUUACCCGCUUCCGAGAACGGCGCUUUCACCCCACCCUGCGCUCCACCCGGCGCUUCUACCCUCACACCCACAACAUGGACGGCUUCUUUAUCGCCAAGUUCAAGAAAUUCUCCAAUUCUAUUCCCCAGCCCCAUGCAGGAGUCUCAGCAGCAGCUGCCCCUGCAGAACCUGACCUGAAGGAUCAGGUCACCCCAAAGUCUGAGAACAGUAGUCAGCCCACCAAGAAAGCCCGCGGGGCUGCAAAGGCAAAGCAACAGUUGGUGAGACAGCAGCAUUCCAAGAAGCCCUUCCACAAGAUGAAUGGCACCUCCAAAGGGCCAGGCGUGGCCACAGAACCUUCUGUCCCAAAUGCCCAAGUGUCCGCCAGGCCCCUGGGAAGCAGUCAGUCUGAUGGGAAAGGAAAGCAGGCUAGGCGGCCCAAGCCGCGGGGACCUAACCGGAAGCCCUCCAAGGAAGCUGCUGUCCCAGCGCAGAGCGCUCCACCCAAGGGCAAGGACUCAGGAACACCUGCUGUGCCGACUCCCUCUGGAAUCUGUGCCAGUCCAAGGCCCAAGGACUGUGCUCAGUCCCUUGGGAAAGCCAAAAGGAAACAGAAAGGAAAGCAGCCGUUAUCAGAGCCGCCUGCCAGUAGAGAUGCUGUCCCCAAGGGCACCUCAGCCCCCUCCGUGUCUCCCCACACUUCCCCCAGGCCCCCACCAGCAAAGAGGAGAAAAUCUAUGUCGAAGGGCAACCCCCAGCCUCUGUUGUCUUAAGUGGACUUGGAAACUCAUUGGCAUUGUCUCUGGGUUGGAACUCUUGAUCCUGCUCGAGGAUGGCUUUCCCCUGUGCAUACAUAUGAAAUUUAAUACACUUAUUACCACCCCUA